UACAUGGACACUUCUGCAUGUAUGUAUGUGUGUGUGUGCUGCAGAACAGCUGUAAUGAAACGUCAUGCGGGCUGCGUCUGUUCAGUCUGUGGCUCAGUCAGCUUGUCGAUGCCGUCGCAGUUUCUUCUUUGUGCAAUCCCGAUUAAAAACGAUCAUCCAGCAAAUUCCAGUGAGAACGGAACGAGCAAGGGCUGCCAUUGCGCUGGACUACUGGAAGUCCAAUGGAAGUCAAUCAGAAUGUGGUGCAUGCGACCGUUGGCGGUGGCCUACAUCCGAGCUGCACAUCACCAAAAUACACAGGCUCAUGUGACAAUUAUCAGCAUAUCGAAGUUUACAUGGAACCCACCGAGCGAACACCCCUGCUGCCCAGUGGAAGAUCCUCCACAUCCGAAACAUCGUCCACUUCCGCUACAGUUCUCUUGUCUCCAGCGAUAUACACAAAGGAGUGCAUCAAUUGGCGCACCAUCGGACUGCUCUUGAUGUUCAUCAGCGGACUGGUGAUGGCCACCUAUUUGCUCUGGCAACAAACAAUUGCUGUGCCUUAUAAUGGCUACAAAUUGAAUUUGAUCAGACAUGAUAUAUGGAGUGGCGCAUAUUUGCAUGAUAUCGCCCAGCUGGAGGCCAACAAAGUUGUCAAUGUUUACAUUACGCACACGGCGAGCGAGGAGUGCAGCGAGAACUGUGCGAGUCUGCUGCAUGGUCUGCAGCGCGCACACAUCGGUGAGCUGCCGUUUAAUUUCCUCUUGGCUGGCGACUGCGAGACCUACGAGGCGCGGGGCUGGCAGUACGUGAGCAGCUUUACCGAGCUGCCGCAGUCGAGCUCCCUGGUGCUGGCCUUUGUUGGGGAGUUCAGCCAGUGGCUGCCUAGCAUGUGCCAGCUGCAGAUGGCUCAGGCGCUGCUCUGGGAGUCGCAGAGGCGCCUGAAGCUGCAGCCCGGCUAUCAGCUGUAUGCGCUGCGCAAUGUGAGUCGCAGCGCGAGAGAUGCAGACGCACUGCAUCGGCAGCUACAGCGCUGGCCGUUCUACGCCGGCCAGCUGGAAGUGAAGUAAAUGACGCUGGCCAGUCGUUCCUCUCGUUUUGUUCUCUUUUAUUAUUGUACUCCACACAAAAAAUAGUAUACAAAAGAAGCGCAGGAUUAUUAAAGCGGGGUGCCACCGAAAAGCGAAAGCGAGUGCCCGCUCCCAGUCCAGCGGAACAGUAGCUGCCAGCCGGGAAGAUGAGCCAACAGCAAAGCAAAGCGCUGCGUGUGCAAAUUACAAAUUAAGGAUAAUGCCUACAACUAAAUCUUAUCUAUAUAUAUAUAUAUAUAUCGAAUAGCGUAAGGGCCAUUGGAUCGGGUAUCCGGCAGUGCCUAAUCGAACUCCAGUUUCCGAAAACUGCCCUCGAUGGACUCGAUCUGUGAGACGAAAUUGGUGCCCGUGCUGGUCUUCUCGGAAUUGUAGCUGCUGCGGCGCUGGAUGCCACGAUCGGAGAGCAAGGUGCUCUGAUCGAGGGCCAGAACGAGAUCUCGUUUGCUAGCCAGCUCCUGUUUCCACAGCUCGAUCAUCUCACGCAUGGGCAUUGAGCCGCCCAUCUCUUGGGGCAGGCACUCGGCAUCGACGCUCUUCAUCAGCUCCUUGUCGCUGCCAUAGAUGUUCAGGCGGUUUUUCAUCUUGGAGCUGACGCGAUUCUUCACAAAGUCAAUCAGCCAUUUCAGCGUGGAAGGCACAUUGAUCAGAUGGAUCUCCUUGUGGCGCAUGGGCAGCGAUUGUUCGCCCCAUUUGAAGACGCGUGCAAACUCUGUGGGAUUCCAGUUGGUCACAUGCGCCGUAGUCACGCCCGCAAAGUCGCCCACAUGACUCAGGCCGGUGAUUUGCGUCUCCUGAUCCUCCAUGAGGCACUCGUAAGUCAGAAAAUGCGCCUUUGCCUGAUCGCAGCUUGUGUGAAACUUUGGAUUCAAACCUUUGGCAUUGAUGAUCACAACGCGUCGGCCGUGCUUGUCCCGCUUCGGCGCCGCAAAUAUGUAACCCUGUUCGAUGAGAUGGGUCAUACGCGGCUCCAGAAAGUCCAGCUUGGUGGCCAUGUGUGGAAAGGUGCGCCGAAUGUUCAGAUACUUGAGCAGCGUCUGCUCCGCCAUCGGCACACUGAACUUUUUGGCGCGCAGAAAGCGUAACAGGAAGGUAUCAUCGCAGCGCACAUUCUGCAGAUCCUCGUUCUUUAGCACCCAGUUGCGCAGCUGCUCGAGGCUCUGCUCGCGCGUGCACUUGUCCUCGCGCAGCUCCCGCUUGGCAAUCUUCAGCAAUGAUUCGGAUAGCAACGAGGCGUCGCCCUCCUCCAAUGCCUUGGUCUCUUUCAUGGCGACUGGACACUCGCUUCUGCUGUACUAUGCGGCGUAUACGCAAUCUUAUUUAGCUGUAGAAAGAGAGAGAAGAAAGGGCAACGGAUUAGUUUUAAUAUGCUGAAUAUUUAUAUAAUUGUUAUAAGUUUACAAAUUAGCCAAACAUAAAAAAAGGGAAAAUAUUGUAUUGGUUUAAUUAAUCUGACCAAAGUCUAAAGUCUUGAUCAAUUGUUUUAUCACGAUGUUAAUAUACAAGCCCUAAUUUCAUUAUUUUGCUCACA